CAUGGAUACUGACAUGUAUCCCACAGGUCUCGACAAGGUCGAGCAGAUGCUCGGCAAGAAGAGCGGCCACAACGUCGACCCCAACAAGAUGCGCUCAACCAACGAGAAGAUCACCGACAAGAUCCGUGACACCUUCGAGAAGUCCACGGGCAAGAACGUCCCCGACAAGGUGUCGAACUGAGCGCAGAUUCC